UCUCUCUCACACAGACAUACACUUUUGGUUGAGAAGUAAUGUGAACCUGAGUAGUGAUAGCGCGUCCACUUAGCUGUCCAACCGAUGUAAACUUCUGCUCCUUAGAAUUCACGGGUGAAGUGUUUGCUGUCACAGCGGCACACGUAACAGGCAGCCGUGAGCUUGGAGGAACCGAAGAUGAUCCCAAGCUUGUUGGUAUGCGAAGAGCCGAGAGUGAGUGAAGCCUGUUUCAAUUUGUUUGCAUAAAGGCAACUUUCAAGCAAUUAAGGAUGAACACAGAACAGCAACUGCGACAUGCAAGUGUGGGUGCAUGUUACCCUCUUGCGCGUCGAUUGUAUGUAAAUACUUUCAAGGUCUGUUGUCCUCGACGAUGGACGAACCAGUGCACGACACUGAAGAGAUCGCUCCUGUUGCGAGUUUAGUCUCGUCCGCCCCUCUCCUGAUCAAAGAGAAAGAGGAGCCACGCGUAAACGAAAUCCUCCAACAAAUCACAAAACUACAGUACGAGCACGGAGAAACGUUCAAGAAUGUUGACGAGAGAUUAUGGACCGAACUAAAUCCACUGCUAGAUGAAUUUUCCUAAACUACGCAUCCAUUACUUUCGUCCGAGCGGGCGCCUCGUUGUACAAAUGGGUACAGGUGUGCGGCACGGUGUGUUUUUUGCAUCCCUCGAAAAGCGUAUCUUGCACCAAACAUAUGAACUCUCAAGUGGGCCUGAACCGGCUGCGCUCUUCGCCAAAGAUGUCCGCCAUACUGGUUCUAGCAGAAUCAUCCCCUUCAGACGCGCGCUACGGAGUUCAUGAACCAGAUAGCGCUUUUUGAAAACUAGGAGCGCGAGCGAGAACAGUCAUGAUCGAAGUCGCCAACUCUCAAAAAGUAAUAGACUUGCGCCGCAUUGCACAAGAUUACACCUUGGGGUCUGACAUCAAGAUCCGUGUCGUCAUCGGAAUAGACCUGGAGUACAAGAAACACAAACGGACCACACUCACCGUCUGGCGAGCCAACGACGAAGCAUGGGCUGUAGAGCCAACAAUCCUCGAUCAGAGCUUCCGGCUUGAUGAUGGCCAGCCUGUAAACGACACUACACUCGGUAUUAGACUUCGUCUAGCGGAAUUUGGAGACAGCACACAGGAUAAUGGUAUUGAGGGUGAGAUAUUCGUCUCGUACAAAGAGCUAUACGAGUGCCUUCAGGAGCCAGAAGAUUGUAUAGAAUCUGAGAAGCUAGAGGCUCGAGAACGCCACCAGAACAACUUCACCGAGGCUGACGAGGCCGUGUACACUGAGGCCUAGGAACGUGUAGCCAACCGGCUCGAAUUAGACGAUGGUUCCUUUUCAGGGAGCUACUAAGUGCCAUCCUUACUCAGGUCUACAUUACUUCUCAAUCAUAUGUUUAUGUGUCUGUGGACUGCGGAC